GCUCUUCAACAACUGAAAACAGCAACAUCCCGGCUCCGGAUCACCCCAUCGUGCGGCGCCAGAUUCAGGGGCCUCCGUUCAGCCACGGCACGUGAUUCUGUUUACAUUCGAGCCGUCCUCCUCCCCUCGGCCACCAUUCCUCGUCCGGCUCCUGCUCCUCCUCCGCUGCUUCUGUCCUCGUCCUCUGCUUCUGUCUCUUUUUAUGCAUCCGCAAGUGCUCACAGCACUUACCACAGCCACGACGCCGAUAUAGAAGAUCUGCAGCAAUUACUCGACGAAGAGGAGCUGGCUUCCCCAGACGACCUGCAGCAGCCCAUGGUCUCCCUCGAGAGCCUGCACCCGCAGCAGCAGCUUCCUCUGCAGGACCGCGCUCUUCUCUACCGGCCUUCCUCAUACGUCCCGACAAUGGACUCCCCGGCCAUCUACGACCAGCAGCAGCACCAGCAGCACCAGCCAGGCGCCUUCUCCUCCGUUUACUACCCAAACCUGCCCCAGCAGCAACCGCUCUACCUGGCAACCUUCCCGCAGGACGACUUCACUACCGCCCCCAACUACUCCGCCCUCGGCCACUUCCCCGCCGAGCCCGUCGCCCAGCCUCCUCCUCUUUCGUACUCGCCCGUCGUCUUCCAGCAACCCCAGCUCCCACCCCAGCAGCUCCAGCAGCCAGUCCUGACCGUCGCCCAGCUGCAGGAAAUGCUCCUCCCUCUCUACCGCGCGCACUUCCCCGACUCGUCCAUUCCCACUGCCCUGCCCGCCAUUCUCUCCCACCUCCUCUUCGUCACCCGCUAUCUCGCGCUCAACGUCGUCGACCUCGGCCUGGCUAGUGACUCCCUGCUCUCAUACGACUCGCGUCUGCAGUUCUGGCGCCUCUUCAACCGGACGUGGAUCAACCUCCUCGCGCGGGCCCACAACACCCACGCCACUGCGAAUAUCGUUGCGCUCUCGCGGUUUCAACUUGACGAGUGCGCGGUCGAUAUCGUCGCGCUUGCGGAUAAUCUGCAGCAGUACGGCCUCGUUGACUACGAGCUCGGCGUGUGGGAGGAUCGGAUUAUAGAGUGGAUCAUGACUUUGUUAAAUAGCAUCCCCGAAUAAUCUUGCUGGACCUCGCAUCGUGUAUUUUACUAGUACUCCUUUUCAUCCUUCAUUCCUUCCCCUGUAUCUCUAUGUUUUUGUACCUGUGCUAUACGUCUUUAUUUGGUGGUGUAUCUAUGCUUUAUAAUCUCCUCUCCUUAGAAUUAUUCUUUGUCUUGCCUCGAUUGUCCUUCUUAUAUAAUACUGUAACUCGUUUAAUUCAUAAUGCCCCUUGCCGGCCCGCCCGCUCUGCUAACUAUUCGUAUCGUACAUCUCCUGCUCUUGAUCUAUCAUCCUAAAACAUGUCGAGCGUCAUCUUCUGCGCGAU